AUGUCAGUUAAAAAAGUUAUCCAUGGCCAUGUAUUCAUUGAUAUGAAGACAAGAAUUACCAGUUAUGGCCCACAUAAUGGUAUCAUUGUUCAUUGUGGCAUUCAACAAGAGCCUAGUACGUUUUGGCCAUAUGUUCUCAGUAAUGCAUCAAAUUCUUUAUGCACUCAACAAUUGAAUAUAGCGCCAACAUCUGCUACAAUUCAUUGGCCAACUGUUAAGGAAAGCGAUGAUAAUCAACAAGACAAAGCUACCUCAUCUCUAUCAAAUCAGCAUUAUCAGUUAACUGAUAAGGAUAGAAUUUCAGCCAAUAAUUUCAAUGACUCUAAAAAAGUGCGUUUAAAUGUUUUCGAAACAAAACAAACCGUUUUCGAAACGAAUCCAAUGAAAAUUAAACUUAAAUCGCUCAAUAUGACAUCAAACAAUUGCAAAUCAAAUUUGAAUAAUGCAAGUGCUAAAAUUUCUAAUGGCAAUAUUUCAAGUACGAAGGAUGCACCUUUAACAAAUGCGCAAAAUGUUAAUUGUCAUCAUAAUGAAGAAAGAGCUAUGAAGAAAAAUGAUUUAAAUGAAAAUAUAAGGCCAGAAUCUAUGAUAUAUUCUGAAAGAAAUGGUCAAAAUACUUCAUCAAUUAUUCCAAUGGAAUAUUCCACUAAAAGAAAAUUUAUCAAUUGCAAAUAUUACAAUGAAUUCAAUGAUGAAAUUAUGAAGUACGAUUAUAAUCAAAUUAAAAAAGAGUUUGUGACAGAUUCGUCUUUGAUCAAAAUUCCUGUGACAAUAAAUCCUUCAAAAAUUGCUAAUGAAUUUACGAAUGAUUUUAAAUUAGAUUGGCAGCAAAGCAAUGAUCGUAGGUUCUCGAAAAAUUUACCUUACUCAUUUGCAUCUUCUUUGAAUCAAAAACGACAAUCGUACAGAAAUAUACCGGAUUUAUUUCAAAAGCAACCGAAUCACAAAAAUGUACCGGAGCAACUUUAUCAUUUAUAUGAAACACAAGAUGCCUUUGGAAAUCCAUUGAAACAAUUUGAAAUGGAAGUUGAAAUAAGCGAACAGCCAUUGUUGAACAUUUCAAAGAAACAUCUCAGUACUAACUAUGAUCAAUAUAAUAGAAAUUUAAAUGAUGAUAUUGGUCUAUCUCUAAUUUCUGACAAUUUUAAAUCGAAAUCGAAAUUGAAAUUGAAAGAUGGUCAUUAUACGGAAUCACAACCGGAAUAUCUUCAACCUUCCAGUAACAAUAUAUUCAAUGAUACUGAACUCUUGCGACAUCAUUGCGAUUCGCUAUCUGUUCGAUCAGAAAUUCCAACACAAUUGAAAGUACAAGAAAGUACUGUUCGUACAGAAUUAAACGAAAAUAAAAUUUCAGUUAAUGAAGGCAAAAAUAUUUCUGAAAAGACUGCAUCAAAACUCUCAGAAGUUUUGUCGACAAUGAAUUGUCAACGAUUGGAAAUGACAGCUAAAGAAAGAUCACGCGAUAAUAAUCGAGAAUUGAUGAUAGAAGAAGGAAAGAACUUCGAGAAUAUCUUCGGGAAAUUGAAAGCAGACAAUAAUGGAGGAGUAAACAAUGCUGGGAUAACUUCAAUUAAACCAAUUUUACAUACAUCAUCUCGAAAAAGUAGCAUAAGAAAAAAAGUUCAAUUUCCGGUUGAAUGGCCACAAGUAAUUGCAUUGGAGCAUCGUCUCCUAAUUGAUGAUCUUCAUUUGGUAUAA